AUGGAGGAGGAGAUGCAGCCGGCGGAGGAGGGGCCCAGCGUCCCCAAAAUCUACAAGCAGCGCAGCCCCUACAGCGUCCUGAAGACGUUCCCCAGCAAGCGCCCGGCGCUGGCCAAGCGCUACGACCGACCCACCCUGGUGGAGCUGCCGCCGGGGCGGCCGCCGCCCCAGAGUCGUAUGAUCUUGGAUGCUUUUGCCCAGCAAUGCAGUCGUGUUCUUAGUCUCUUAAAUUGUGGAGGAAAACUUCUGGACUCCAACCAUUCUCAAUCUAUGAUUUCUUGCAUAAAGCAAGAAGGCUCUAGUUACAAUGACAGACAAGAACCAUGUCACAUUGGGAAAGGGGUCCACAGCCAGACCUCAGACAAUGUCGACAUAGAGAUGCAAUAUAUGCAAAGGAAACAACAAACUUCUGCCUUUUUGAGAGUUUUUACCGACUCCCUCCAAAAUUACCUACUCUCGGGGAGCUUCCCGACUCCAAACACAUCAUCGGUCAGUGAGUAUAGCCACCUGGCCGACGUGGAUCCUCUUUCAACCUCCCCUGUGCAUACACUAGGUGGUUGGACUUCUCCAGCAACAUCUGAAUCUCAUGGUCACCCAUCCUCUUCUACCCUGCCCGAGGAGGAAGAAGAGGAGGAAGAGGAAGGCUACUGUCCUCGAUGCCAAGAGCUGGAGCAGGAGGUUAUUUCACUGCAGCAGGAAAAUGAAGAGCUCAGAAGGAAACUAGAGAGCAUCCCAGUGCCCUGCCAGACUGUUCUAGAUUAUCUGAAGACAGUGCUACAGCACCACAACCAGCUCUUGAUGCCACAACCUGCAGACCAGCCAACCGAGGGAAGCAAGCAGCUGUUGAACAACUAUCCUGUCUACAUAACGAGCAAACAGUGGGAUGAGGCUGUAAAUUCUUCAAAGAAAGAUGGGAGACGGCUCCUGCGAUACCUCAUCAGAUUUGUUUUCACAACCGAUGAGCUUAAGUACUCAUGCGGCCUUGGGAAAAGGAAAAGGUCAGUGCAGUCAGGAGAGACAGGUCCUGAAAGACGCCCUCUGGAUCCAGUUAAAGUCACAUGCCUCCGAGAAUUCAUUAGGAUGCACUGUACCUCCAACCCUGAUUGGUGGAUGCCUUCAGAGGAGCAGAUAAACAAAGUGUUCAGCGAUGCCGUGGGUCAUGCCCGACAGGGACGGGCUGUGGGGACUUUCCUGCACAACGGUGGCUCAUUUUAUGAAGGGAUCGAUCAUCAGGCUUCACAGGAUGAAGUCUUCAAUAAAAGUUCGCAGGAUGGAUCUGGGGAUUAG